UCUCACUUAAAAAAAAAACAUGCAGAAUUUCUAUUCAUAAAUAAAUGUAGUUGAAAUAGAUCGGACAAGAAGAGAAAAGUAAAGGGAAAUUCCACCUCUGUAAAUCACAUGUAUCGAAUUCCAUAGGAAGAUAUUCAAGUGAUUUUUUGUUUUCUGUUCAGAAGCUUUUUUUCUUUUAUACGGAAAUUGCCUUGUCGUGUAAUUACUGACAGAAAGAUAAGCCUUUGUAAAGAAUUUUGAAACAGCUCAUGUAUUGGUUUCCAUUGAAAGGAAUUCAUUAUAAUGUAUUCUGUCGAAACAAUCGUUGAGUGUUGAUAAAUACAGUGACGAAUCACAAUUAAAAAAUGUUCCAUAGCCAAUAACAAUUAAGAUAAUAAUCAUACCUAUAUAUUCUAAAGAAACUGAAACAAUGUCCCGAUUUACGUCACAUAACAGUAAUUAGAAUAUGAACAAACUUUUUAAUUUACAAUUGAAGGAAAAAGUAGACGGAAGUCUUUUGGAUAUAAAACUUCCGAUGCCAUUUUAUGUCGCCAUUUUUACCGAUUGCGCACAUAAGAUAAAAAGUGUGAAGAGAAUGGCACAUAGCUUAAAUUGAAAUCAUUUUAUACAAUGAAAAAUUUAGUAGUUGCAGUCAUUCUACAGAUUUUUUUCACUUUUUCCGGAGCAAAUGUUCCGUAUUUUCAUAGCUGGAAGUCGGAAUAUGGACCCGAAAAGCCAAACGUUCUCUGUCCAGAUUUUUGCUUCCUCCAAGAUAAACAGGAAUAUGACCAUUGCUGUGCAUGUAAGGGAGAACCGAUCUGGCAACUUGACUCGAAUCGUAGUUAUCUUCCGUUGUUUGUUGAGUACGUGAAUUCGUUUGGAAGAUCACGCAUUGCUGGAAAUGACUCGUCCUCUUCAUUCCAUUGACUGGUUCAUGAAUAUGGUAUAAUGAGCUGGUUACCAGUCAACUUGUGUGAAUAUAGCAACACCCUGGUUACUCUUAAGCUGAAAGGAAAUAGAAUACAAAGUAUUGAAGGAAUUAAUUGCAUGAAUUUUCUUGACUUAUUAGAUUUAAGUGAGAAUUCAAUUUCAGCCAUAUCCAAUGAAACAUUUUCUGGUAUGCCUAACCUGCGUAUUCUGCUUCUGACUAAUACGAACAUAAAAACUAUCGAAUCAACCACUUUCAACACCGAUGGUACAGAGAUUUUUGUCACAGAUUUAUCAAACAAUACUUUCUUAUCUUAUGAUGUAUCUAAUGCCUACUUUAAGCGUAGGGCAUUUUGUAACAUAACAUUGGCAGGGUGUGAUAUAACAUUUGUGAAAAAAGAAGAAAUACAUUUACAAACAGGGGUACAAUAUGGCGGAGGAGAGGUAGUAUGUGAUAAUUGUGCCAUUAAUCAACAUCCAGUUCAGUUACUGUUUGGAUCUAGUGUAAGUUCGCUUCGAAAUAUGUAUAAGUAUGAUUUCAUUGGCUUGUUUAAGUUUGAUGAGCUUAACCUUCCUUGUGAUUGUAAUUUAGGAGCUCUACUGUUAGGAGAUAUGGAGGUCUUCAAAACGUUUUAUUACAUACCACACGACGGCUUGUAUACAUGUUCAUCUCCGGAGCAUCUGAAGAAUUUCAAUGUUUUGAAUGUAUUUAAUGACUCGUCGUUAUUGGACAUGUUCGUUUGCCAUAAAGAAAAAUUUUGUCCGUCUUCCUGUUCGUGUAUAGAACAACCUAGUCGAUAUCGGAUGAUUGUGGACUGUUCGAAUCAAAAUCUCACAAGUCUUCCAUCAUAUCUUCCUGAAACUAUUUACAACAUAGAACUGAACUGCAGCAACAACGCGAUUAAAGAAGUAGAGCCCGUCAACUAUCUCAAAAACAUCACUGUCGUAGACUUAUCCGGGAAUCAAGUCACAGAGAUAUCUGACAAAGUUCUUUCCAGGCUGAAAAUCCUGGAAAAGAUGCAUCUUACAGACCAUAAUCUCUUAAAACUCACACGAGGAUUUGCAGAUAUCGAUGCAAGUAAGGUCUGGUUUGGGCAAAAUAGUGUUCCCUGCAGCUGUCAGGAAAAAUGGAUCAAGGCCUGGAGAUUAGGGUCACAGGUCAAUAGUUCAAAUCCUCUACUGUGUCAAACAGAUUCGCAUGGCAUUCUUCGUGCUGAGGAAGCGUUUGACAGUUGUACAGAAAAUGAAUUUAACGAAACUCUUUAUGCAUUGUUUCUUAUUCCAGCUACAUUUUUAAUCGCUUUAUUUAUAGCCAAAGUCUUCAGAUUUGAUGCUAUCAUGAUAAGAAGUCGUUUCGCAAAACGUAACAACGUACAUUAUUGCUAUGAUGUUUAUUUUGUUUUUAACGAUACAAAAACAGAUAUUAUUAAAUAUGCUCUUGACAUCUUUCGGCAUCUUGAACACAAAGGGUAUAACUGUUUUGUUCCACCAAUUCAUGAAGAGUUCGGUGAUGUUCGAGAAGUCCAACUGUAUGAGUAUAUGAAGAAAAGCCGUUCAGUAUUGGCAAUAUUGUCAAUGCCGAACGAUGGUGACGACAUGAAUGAAUUGCGGAGUAUGAACCACGCAUGGAGUCUCUUCUCUGAAAAUAAAAUUGAAAAUAUUAUUGCAGUCGUCUUUGAAGGAAAACUUGCAUACCACAAGAAACGCUUUCCGUUUUUAGGAGCUUUAAACAGGUUUAAACGUGUUUUUAAAGUUAACAGCCGGAAAUACAGAGUUAAACAAAAAGUUACAGAGGCACUUAGAACUGGUACCAUGUCCAACAGAACAGCACAAAUCAAAUAAAGUCAACGCUUUACAAAACGUUUACUUCUAGGUCAUUGAAGUUAAAGAGGAUGGAAAAAGCCAUUUAUAAGAUGGGUGAAAUUUUUCAGUAGUUAGCAUGUCACUCAAGAUAGGGUAGUUCACAUUCCUGUCUAUCAAAAGUUCAAAGUACACAAACAUUUAAAAUUACAGUGUAUUUUUUAACGUUUAUUUUUCAUCAUUUUAUGAUGAAAAGAAAAAUGAUUAGUACAAGUAUAUGUGUCAGAAAAGAAUAAAUAUGGCCUAUGAACUAUACUAAAAUGUAUUCAUGAUGUUAAGGAGAUUCCAAGUCCCAAAGCCAUAUUUUUUUCUGUAAAUAUUAGCAUGCUUAUUAGAUAGUAGAAAUGUGUGAAACAUUUUCAAGAGAAAUUUUUUUUUUAAAAUUCUUCACGAGUUUAAAUGUUGUAUUUUAACACUCUGCAGAGCUAGAUAAGGAAAAGGGGAUUGUAAACUUCAAAGUUCCUCAAUGAACUUUAAUUGUUUAAAAGAUUUUUUUUUUCAAAUUGAUUUGAUUCUGAAAUUCCACAAUUUGUGCUGAAUAUUGGAGAAAAUAAACAUAAUUUAAAAAGUAUAUCAAAGAAACUCAUUACAUAUCAAUUAUAUUUUUGUACAGUGUAAUGUCUUUGGAUAGCACCCUCGCUUCUUCAGACCGUCGUUUCUCAAUACACUGGGAAAUUGAAGCAUGAAAAAUUACACGAUUUGAUAUGAUAAUCUGAGACUGAUAUUAAUCUCGACACACAGUCUGACAGUCUUAUGACACAGGUACUGCAACACCUGUUGCACCAGCUGUUUGUUGUAGGGAAGAAUAUACACGUCCCGUUCAAAACAUCAACAAGAAUGGUCCAAUUAAGAAAUAUUCAGGAAAAUUGUUUGAGGAUAGGCACAAUUUCUGAAUUGAAAACGUAAAAUUUGCUAACUCUAACGACUUGUCUAGAUUAAAAAUCAAAGUACUCAGAAGUACAGAGAGCGGGGCUCAUUUAUGGAUCAGUGACCAGUACCGUUUUACUUGAAACAUAAUUUAAUAAUAGCUAUUUAAGACGUUCAGAAAUAUUAUUUAGCGAUAAAUUAUUUUCAUAUGCAUUUAAAAAGUUUUUAAAAUACAGGAAAAAUAGGUUUUUUUUAAAUCAAUUUUGUAUACCUGGUAACAAUGUAUAACCUCAGCGGCAGGAUAUCGGAUUAUAUUACCCACAUUUGAUUUAAUUGGAACAACGUUCUCCAGAUUAUUUUGCUCGAAAUUUUGAACUAACUAUUCGCAAUACUAUUGUCAUCUGUGAUUAUUAUUCCUUCAAAGUUAUUCUUUUUUUAAUUUUUAUUUAAGGACCCUCUCUACACCAGUGCAAAAUGUUUUUUGGACAUCGAGAAAAUUACAUUGAAUAAAGGUGUAAAUAUUGAGCUUAUCUAUUUAAAGUUAAAUAUAUCGUGCGUGGCAUUUACCCCCAGGAAAAAUGUUCAAACACAACACAGUAUCAGUGAUCAGCAAUCACUGUUGUUUACUUCCAUGAAGAAAAUACAUGUAAAUAACAUGUUCAAUUAAUUUAUCUUGGCCUUUUAAAAUGUUAAGAAUAUAUGUAUUGAUUACAAAUUGAGUAAUAUACUGUGAAUUUCUAUUUAUUGGAAUUUAGAUCUAAGGGCAGAUCACUCUAAUUGCAGAAAAAUACCAUUGAAUCGGAACUCUUUAGUGUGCAAUGUAGAGAGGGUUCUUAAUAUGCUAAAUAUCACAAUAUCCACCUAACAAGGUCGAAUGCUUGACAUGCUAACAAGAGCACAUUUACUGAAUUGUAGAUCUGGUAUUUCAUUGUUCAAAAUGAACUACAUUUAAGUUACUAUUGUCUUCCUAAAUGAUUUUAUUUAAGGAAUUAAUUUAAUGGCUUCCCAAUUUAUAAGGUUUCAACUGGGUUUGGGCUGUUUACGCUCUAUAAACUGCGAAGCGGUUUAUGAAAAAGCGUUAAACUGCCCCAACCCACCGUAUGAAUUGGUUAGCUAUUAAAUUCGUACCUUAUAAUUUAAUUUUCAUUUAGUGUAAAAAAGAUGAUUGCCCAAAGAAUUGACCGCAGAUUGUACAAAAUCUAAAUGUAAAUUCGGGUGGAUCGAUACGUUUUUGACGCAAGUGAUUGUGAUGUAGGCAACCCAAUUUAUCAAAUCAAAUACCGUGUUAUAACUAUAAUUAUAUCAUUCUUUAUUAAUGUACAAUGUAAUUGUGUUUUUGCUUUUUGAUACUGUAUAAAAUUAGAUGAUUGUA